AGCCAAUGAGGAGUCGUGCUGUUUCCAGUGAAGGAAGGAGGCGGAGGAAGGAAUGCUGCAGGAUGCUUAUUAUUAUGGCUGUCAAACCCAGUGGCGAUUAGAUCAAAAAACAGAAGUUUACAUGUAAGAUUUACGAAGAUGAUGGGCACCAUGUCCGCUAAAACUGUCGCGGUAUGGCUCGGUACGGUGGUCACCAUCUUGUCGAGAUCGCACGCAGACCGUAACGUCUAUCCAUCUGCAGGAGUGCUGUUCGUCCAUGUUCUGGAGAGAGAGUAUUUCAAAGGAGAGUUUCCUCCAUACCCCAAAUCAGCUCUGCCUACAGGCGACGCCAGCAAUGACCCGAUCACUUUCAACACCAACUUGAUGGGCUACCCCGACAGGCCCGGCUGGCUGCGCUACAUCCAGAGGACCCAGCACAGCGACGGAGUGCUCUAUGGCUCCCCCACUGCAGAGCAUGUUGGCAAGCCCUCCGUCAUUGAGAUUACUGCCUAUAACAGACGCACUUUUGAGACAGCACGGCACAACUUGGUCAUAAACAUCAUGGCUACAGAAGAGUUCCCCCUGCCCUACCAGGCGGAAUUUUACAUCAAAAACAUGAAUGUGGAGGAGAUGCUGGCCAGCGAGGUGCUGGGGGAUUUCCUAGGAGCGGUGAAGAACGUAUGGCAGCCGGAGCGCCUCAACGCCAUCAACAUCACCUCUGCACUGGACCGUGGCGGCCGGGUGCCCCUGCCCAUCAACAACCUUAAAGAAGGAGUGUAUGUGAUGGUCGGUGCGGAUGUUCCCUUCUCGUCGUGCCUGCGGGAGGUGGAAAGCCCACAUAACCAGCUGCGCUGCAGUCAGGAGAUGGAGCCUGUCAUCAGCUGCGACAAGAAGUUCAGAGCUCAGUUUCACAUUGAUUGGUGUAAGAUCUCUCUGGUUGACAUCAACAAAGUGGUCCCGGUAUACAUUAGCCGUCCCGACCCGGGCACCGGGAUCCUGCCUGAAUUUGGGGAAUACAACCCCCCCUCUGAGUCUCUGCAGAGCCGGAACUACUUUUCAGACUUCCUGAUCACACUGGCUGUUCCCUCCGCUGUGGCACUAGUCCUCUUCUUCAUCCUCGGCUACACAAUGUGCUGCCGGCGGGAAGGGGUGGAAAAAAGAAACAUGCAAACACCAGACAUCCAGCUGGUUCACCACAGCUCCAUCCAGAAGUCCACCAAGGAGCUUCGGAGCAUGUCUAAGAACCGGGAGAUCUCCUGGCCCCUGUCCACCCUGCCUGUCUUCAACCCUGUCAGCGGCGAGGUCGUGCCGCCCAUCCACCCCGACAACUAUGAGACCACCAGCAUGCCCCUCAUGCAGACACAGACGAAUCUGCAAAACCAGAUUACAAUACCACAGCAACGGCCAUCAGGAGAUAAUUAUGUCAUGUCAACAUUUCGAAGGUUGGAGGUAAAUGGUAUUCCUGAGGAGAGAAAGGUGGCGGAAGCACUGAAUUUGUGACCAGUACCAGAGCUGACUUUGAGUUCAUAUCUACAGUAUAUCUUUGUUUUUUAAACAUUUGUGCCAAUCUGCAUGUCAUAAAAGUGUCUUAACAAAGAUCUAUCGUCCACAUGCACUUACACAUUGAAGAGUGAGUGUGAAAGAGAUCAAAAGAGCAUAGCUGAUUAUAAAAAAAUACAUUAGAAUAGUUUGAAAUGUUUGUAAAUGUAAAAACGAUGUAUUUCUACUUGCUUUGCACAAUGGACCUCUAAGAGGAAAAAGGGUUUUACAUGGAAAUGCUUUAGUUGUCAUGUGUUAUUAACUAUGUGUAAUGUGUCACAUGAUAAUAAAUUCUUUCAAAAUACUUGAAGUAAUUGUCUCAGUAAUAAACAAGACACUAGUAACCUCUGAAUGACAUGAAAGGUAUAUUUUUGUCCAAAAAAGAAGCCCAAAAGCACAUUUUAUGAAGGUAAUAUUAACAAUGUACAACAGAAUAAAGGCAUUUAUAAAUAAUAUGGAUACAUUUCACAUUUUUUAAGACAUCACAAUUUUUUUUUUUUUACAUGUAACAUAUUUCAAAGAGGCCCUGCACAGGGGUAUAAAUAGUUGUUGCUUUUACACGACCAAAAAAGAUCUAUUAAGGCCUGAAACAAUUACCAGAUUUAUAGCUAUUGAUCAGUAAGAGACGAAGAAACGGAUCAGUAAACUUCACACAUCCAUGGAAAUUGAAACAUGUAAAUGCCAUUCUCAUCUGUAUAUGAUGAGCUGGUUAUUAGAAAUUACAAAUUUACUUGGCUCAUUCAGUUUGAGAGCACAACCCGCACAUCGUCCGAUAAAUGACACGAGAAGCCUUGAAGAAAGCUGACAGCAAAUUGUUCCACUGCAAAGAAGAAAUUCAUUCUUUGUGGACCCAUGUUUUUCUUUUAAGAAGAAGCCACAUAAAAGUGUAAAAAAAAAAAAAAAAAAAACUAUCGUAAAAGCAUCUUUUACCACCCUAUGAUAGAUGAAAUAUGCAACUCAAUAUUCAUAAGCAAAUGCAGCUCAGAUCACACAUUUUUUUAAUCUGCCAAUACCAAAGCUUUUCAUUUACCCAAUAAAAAUGUGCUAAAGGUACAGACAGUAUCUGCACUGGUACCAUUUUAACAUAUUUCACUGCAAAGAUGAAAAGAAAAUGCAGGUCUUACAAAAAAAGUGCUAAUCUCUUAAUUGUCUGUGAGGAUAUAUAGGCAAAGAGACAUCACCCAUUUGGAAGAUGACAAAAUAUACAGUAUUUUCCUUUAAGUGACAGUAAUGUGUCUUCUCAGCUCAGUCAGUGCAUUACUUUGUUUUUAAACGUCGAUGUGGCCCAGAUGCAAACAGAAGGAAAAUGGUCAUCACAGGCUACAUCUGAAGAUGUACUGUAUGUAUAAGUCACUGAGAGAAGCUGUAUGUUCAAAGGCAUGUAGUCCAAAAAAAAUCACUCACUCAUUGACCAAAAUGUUCAAUGGCUUUGACAGCAGAGGGAGGAUGUAUACUUGCGGCUAUUCCUAUGGUACAAUAAUAUAUUCAAGCCAGAGCAUUUCCCACCAGAGCUAAUAGGCAAAAAUGAAAGGACAGAAGACUAAAAUCGCUGCUGAAGCACUGCUGUAUAAAAUAAAGUCUCUCACUCUAUCAUACAAAUAUACAGACUAUGAAGUGAAUAAUAGGACAGAUGGGUGUAAAGGCUCAACCUCCGCAAAGCGUCUCUGAGGCAAGUGAUCAUCUAUGAGAUGCUGGGAUGGGUAUAAAAUUAUCUACUUCCUUCACAAACAGCAGUCAUGAGCGCAAAAGUACAAAAUAAAACAAAGCCAAAAAGAAAAAAAAACCUGUAUAAAAUAUAAGCUUAAUUUAAAUCAUUAAAUACUGUACAUAUCACAUAGAAUUUCAGAGCUACAGCAGGUGACCACGGUACCUUUCAGCACAAGGCAAACAUUUCUAAAGUCACUCACAAAAACAUUAGCAAAAAUAUGUCGAGGGGACAUUUUAACGAUUGCACUCCAAAUUUUGACUUUGACAGUUUUAUGAUCACCCGCGCCAGUUGUUGGUCCAUAUUUUGCAUAUUGAGAUAUCUAUUUUAAAGUCACCAGAAAUACUGUACAAAGUCAUGUUGAUAAUAAAAUGCAGCACAAUUGAUUUGUUGUAGAUAUCUGAAUAUGUAGAUUAUGGAUCCACCUGAGUGAAAACACGUUCAAUUGCUAUCGCCAUAUGGACGGAGUGUGUGCCAAGUGAUCAUUUCAAGAGUGAGGUUAUGAUAAGAAGUACUGUAUGUUACAAAAUAAACCUCUUAGUAGUGGGUUUGGCUAAACAGAAGCAACGCUGCAAAAAUUCACACAGCAAGCAUUGGGGUUAUGAAAGAGAGGACUUACAUAAAUCUCUAGAUUUUAAAAU